AUGUCCGCGAUCCUCUCGACCGACGCCCUGAACGACUUCAUCUCCCCCUCUCAAGCCUGCAUCAAGCCAAUCGAGAACCUCCCCUCCCAGCCGCAAGACGACCCCUCCUCCCUCGAGCACGAAGUCAUCCUCGGCGGCCAGCAACAACCCACAGGCUCCACGGCCGCGUCCACCGACCCCUCCAAGAUCUCCCUUGCAGACUGCCUCGCCUGCUCCGGGUGCGUCACCUCCGCCGAGGCCGUCCUCGUCAGCCUCCAGAGCCACAAUGAGGUCCUGAGCGUGCUCGACGCCGCCCCCGCGCUACAGGUGCGCGGUCCCGACGCGAACGGGCGCUUCAGCGUCGACGGGCUAGAAAACUCCGAUGCAAAGCUGUUCGUCGCCAGCGUGAGCCCGCAGACGAGGGCGAGCCUGGCUGCUGCCUGCGGGUCCGGCACGACGGAGGGCCAGGCGGGGAACAUGAUCGAGCAGCUGUUUAGGGGCGAGCAGGGGCUGAGGGCCGGCGGCGAGACGAAAAAUGGGUUUGCCUGGGUGGUCGACACAAAUACGGCCCGUGAGGCUUCCUUGGUCUUGGGGGCCGACGAGGUGCGGGAGGGCGACGCGGUGAUCUCAAAGCCCAUCCUCACCUCAUCAUGCCCGGGUUGGAUAUGUUACGCCGAGAAGACACACCCGCACGUACUGCCUCAUUUGUCAAGGGUCAAGUCGCCCCAGGCGCUGAUGGGCACGCUUCUGAAGACGACGCUCAGUAAGCUGUUGGGGAUAACGCCAGACCGGAUAUGGCACUUGGCUGUCAUGCCGUGCCUCGACAAGAAACUGGAGGCCAGCCGGGAAGAGCUGACCGACAGCGUUUGGGCGGGCGAUGGCAAGCCAGGCCGAGGUGUGCGGGAUGUCGAUUGUGUCAUCACCAGCAAAGAGGUGUUGAUGCUCUCGGAAUCGAGAGACAUUGACUUUUUUGGUCUACCCAAGACUCCAAUAUCGCACACGGCCACUCCCUUCCCGGACCCGCAACUCCAAAGGUUCCUCUUCCCCCAGCGAAAGAGACAAAGGCAGUCUCCAGCUUCGGGGACUUCAGGCGGAAAUCUCCAUUUCAUCCUGCAGGACAUGCUUUCCAGGAACCCUGGCUCACAGCUCCAGGCUGUGAGAGGCCGUAACGUGGAUGUGGUCGAGUACGUCAUCGUCUCACAGUCAGGAGAGCCAAUAUUCAAGGCCGCCAAGUAUUACGGGUUCCGCAAUAUCCAAAACAUCGUCCGCAAGCUCAAGCCGGUCAAAGCUUCGAGAAUGCCUGGUGGUCGGCCCUUCGGCUCGGCAAGGAAGCCCGCGGCGCAGGGCAAGAGCCUGGACUAUGGUUACAUAGAGGUAAUGGCUUGCCCGGGCGGUUGCACCAACGGCGGCGGCCAGGUCAAGGCAUCGGACUCCGUCGCUAUUGAUCGCAACGGUUGGAGUUCGAAUCCUGGCCCGGAGGAGCAGAAGCAGUGGUUGGCGCAGGUUGAUGAGGCAUACUUUUCUGCUUCUGACUCGGGGAUGGAGGACGCCGACGUAUCUGUAGUGAAUGGAUCCGGCGCAGAAGAUUUGGUUGAUGGGAUUUCUCCUUCGUACAUUCGAGAUACCCUGGCGCAUUGGUCGGAUAUGACGGGCAUAGAUCUGGCGAGGCUGGCGUGUACGAGCUUCCGGGAGGUAAUCAGUGAUGUCGGGAAAGAUGGCGAUGACAAGGCAAAUGUCGUCCAACUGGCCGGAAAGGUUGGCGGAGGGUGGUAG